UUGAUGUCGAGCACUCUCACGUGCGCUUCCUGGGCAACCUGGUGCUGAACUUGUGGGACUGUGGCGGCCAGGAAGCCUUCAUGGAAAACUACUUUGCCAGCCAGAAGGACACCAUCUUCCGUAAUGUUGAGGUUCUCAUCUAUGUCUUUGACGUGGAGUCAAGGGAGCUGGAAAAGGACCUUCACUACUACCAGUCAUGCUUGGAGGCAAUACUGCAGAAUUCAGCUGAGGCCAAGAUCUUCUGUCUCGUUCACAAGAUGGACCUCGUGCCCGAAGAACAGAGGGACAGGAUAUUCCGCCUGCGACAAGAGGACCUCAACAGGUUGUCCAAGCCUUUGGAGUGCGUGUGUUUCAAGACGUCGAUAUGGGACGAAACACUUUACAAGGCCUGGUCGUCAAUUGUGUACACACUCAUACCCAACGUCCAGCAGUUGGAAAGCAACUUGCAGCAGUUUACCAACAUCAUUGAUGCCAACGAGGUCCUCCUGUUCGAGCGUGCCACUUUCCUUAUAAUCAGCCACUGCCAGCGCAAGCCACACCACGACAUUCACCGCUUUGAGAAGGUCUCCAACAUCAUCAAGCAGUUUAAGUUAAGCUGCAGCAAGCUGGCGGCCCAGUUCCAAAGUAUGGAGGUGCGAAAUAGCAACUUCGCCGCUUUCAUCGAUGUCUUCACUCCAAACACCUACAUCAUGGUGAUCAUGGCGGACCCUACCAUGCCGCCAGCGGCCACCCUGAUCAACAUCAAGAACGCCCGGAAACACUUUGAGAAGCUCGAGAGUGCCAAGGGCUCAAGUUCACAAUCACUCGCUAGGCGAUAGUAGUUCCUAGAGACUGUUAAUAAUAACCUCGCGUUUUCGUUUCACCUUGCUCCUAGUACGAGCUGCGCCUGUUGCGCCGUACAAUAUUGUGGCACAGAAGCUGCUUGUGCUGUCUAUCUCUGGCCACAACCUGACCGGCCUGAAAAUCCCAAACGAGUUAAUUGUGCAAGUGUUUAACGAGAAGGCACCCCACGCAUUCUCGAGUGGGCAGGCCUUGUCACGGCAAUCCCGCAGGAAGGAAAUAUAAGCAGUGUCACUCACUGCAGCUUGUUUUAGGCGGUUCAGAAUAUACAGUUUGGAAACGUUUAGAGAUGUGUAUUUUGUACAAACUGAUGAAAAAUAAAAAUGUUGCUAUUGAG